AUGGCCAACAUGCAGUACGGCUUUGACCUUGCUGCAGUAGGCUCACUACAGGCGAUGCCGGGUUUUCUCAAAGUAUUCGGGUAUCCAGACCCGACAAGUGAUACUGGAUAUGCAAUUGACAGCACUGUUCAACAACUCAUCACCUCCCUCCUAACACUAGGCUCCUUCGUCUCCUCCCUAGUAGCAGGCGUAUUCUCAACCUACCUAGGACGCAAAUAUGCCCUAUGGCUCGCCUGCAUCGUCAACGCCAUCGCCUGCGGUAUCCAAAUCGGCACAUCAACCGCAGGAGUACUCUACCUAGGCCGACUGCUCCUCGGCUUCGCAAACGGGUUCCUAGUCACAUUCUCAAACAUUUACACCGCCGAGGUAGCCCCCGCACAUAUGCGCGGCGUGAUGGUCGCGCUAUUCGCGUACUGGGUGAAUAUCGGGAGUAUCAUGGGCGCAGUGGUGGACAAUAAGACUAAGGAGAGAUUGGAUGCGUUAUCGUAUCGGAUUCCGCUAUCUUGUUUGUAUAUCGUGCCGACGCUGCUUUUCGUCGCGUUGUUCUUUGUUCCUGAGAGUCCGCGGUGGUUGUUGCAUCGUGGUAAGGAACAGGAGGCGAGGAAGGCGCUUGAGCAGCUUCGUGGAAAGAGUUAUGCGAGUCUUUUGGCUUCGGCGGGUAAUGAGAGUGGUGAUGAGGGUAGUGUUGUGCCGACGUUGUUGGAGGUUGAGUGGGUGGAGAUGAUCAAGGGUGUUCAAGAGGAGAAGCGUGAGCAGGGGAGUGUUUCUGCGUUGGAUAUGUUCCGAGGCCCCGAUCUCCGUCGCACACUUCUCUGCUACGGCAUGAUCGGCUGCCAAACUGCGUCGGGUGUCUGGUUUCUCAUCGGUUACCAGACAUACUUCUUCACCGUCUGCGGUAUCACCAAGGCCUUUGAAUUCUCCAUUAUGAACACCUGUUUCGGCUUCCUCGGCGUCAACGUCGGCAUGUACGCCAUCAGCCAACUUCUCGGUCGACGGUCCAUCCUGAUCCUGGGUGCCAUUGCCUGUGGUUUGUGUCAACUAGCCAGCGCCAUCGCAGCCACCGUUAGCCCGGACACGUUACCAACAGGCCAGACGCUGGUGGCAUUCACCGCGCUGUUCAUGUUCUUCUAUAACGGCUGCGUUGGCGCGGCGAGUUACCCUGUAGCAACUGAGUUGGGCGCCCGAUACGGCUAUAUCUGGGCAGCAUCGAACCUCUGCUGCGUAGUUUUCUUCUACUUCUUCAUGCCAGAGAUGAAGGGCCGAUCGCUAGAAGAAUUAGACGAGAUCUUCGCAGCCCGUGUCCCAGCACGCAAAUUCAAGUCGUAUCAGACUGUGAUUCGGGUCGCUGCCAGGAUUGAUGCGGCCAAUGCUAAAGGCGUGAGUCAGCACAUUGAGAAGGCCUAG